AUGCAGCUCAUUCCCGAAAUUAUGGAAGAACGAGACAAUCUCCCCGGCGGUGCGCGGCGUCCGUCUGGUGAUGCAGUUGAGCUGGGAGGACAGUGUGAGCAAGGGAUCCUCGCCGCCGCAGGUGGGACUGAGGAUGGUGUGGAGAUGUUUGCCAGUUUGGUGAGAUGCAGGCAAAUCCUCUUUUGUGAAUCCCAUGUUGACACGGCUCUUGAGACAGAUGUCACACGGGUCGAAGGGAUGCGUCUCGAACUUGGAGUCCGAGGCGUCAGUCAGGAAGUCCUGGAGGGGGGAGUUGGAGGGGACAUCAUGGCCAUACUCACAAUUCUGCCAGCAACCUUGCGUGGAGACUUGAGAACACUGCGACUUCAAGAACGCCAACUGGUGGUAGCAGGCGUAGACGUAGUCCCGCAGCUGGCAGAGGAGGGCGCAACAAUCAGGGUCAUUGGAUUGGUCGGAGUCCCUGGGCGUUGA